AUGCCCGACUCAGACGACGAAGCGCUCUUCGCAGCCCUCGAAAACGAAGAUGACACUCUCUACCGCGACGCGCGCAUCCAACAGUUGAAUGCAGAACUCGCAGCCACAAAAAACAACCACUCCACCUCCACAAGCGGCAGCACAGGCCUCAUCCAGAACGAAGUCUACCCAACCCUCUCGAAUGACCAGUCCGUGCUGGACUUCACGACCCGCACGAGCAAGUGUCUGGUGCACUUUGCGCACCCUGAUUUUGCGCGCUGCGCUGUUAUGGAUAUGCGCCUGGGCGAGCUGGCGAGUGUGCACUACGAGGUUUCGUUUGCGCGGGUUGAUGUUCGAAACACGCCGUUCAUUGCGCAGAAACUUGGGAUCAAGGUGUUACCCUGUGUGAUUGGGUUCAAGGAUGGGGUUGGCGUUGACCGGGUUGUUGGCUUUGAGGGAUUGGACGCCAGAGGCUUUGAUGGGGUGGAAGGGUUCGAUGUCAAGGUUUUGGAGAAGAGAUUGGUUUUCAAGGGAAUUCUUGUGGCUGCUAAGCUGAGUGGCGGGGAUGAAGAUGAUGAUAUUAGAGAGGAAGAGGACAGUGAUGGUGGUGAUGGUGGGAGAGGAUUUGGUAGGAAGAAGGGGAGACGUGGGAUUCGCAGUGCUAAUCCCAAUGUGAGAAACCGCGGUGACGAUGAUGAUGACGAUUGGGAUUAA